AUGUUGCGGAAGUUAUCUCUUCGAGUGCGGCGGAAUUACGUUGUUGAGGAGUCCUCGCGUUGGGCCAAUGAGCGAAGUCCAACAAGUUCCACGGACCCAAAGAAGGGUGCUAGCACCAAGAGCCCACAAGCUGUUCCUUCUCACUAUGAAGAGCUGCAGAAAAGGCGGCAAAUGCAGAAGGGCACCCUGGCCAUCACCGAAGAACCUAUCGACCACAACAAGGAGUCACAGGAGACCCCCACUGCACCGCCGGUCGAAGUUUCGAGACACAUUCCUUCCGCGGGGCCUCGAAGGCCACGUCCCAGCCUGGUGGAUGGGCUCAGGCGGAAAACCAUGAAAUUUCGGCAAUGGAUGGGGAGAUUGGUGUCGGCCAAAAGCUAUGGGCCUGGAGUUUUAGAAUUUGAAGGUGUCUCAGAUGAGGAAGAUGCAGCUUGCUCUCCUAAUGAGAUACCAAAGGAGGACAGCAGGAACCAUUUCUUGGCCGCAUACCUCACCGGAGAUCUGGAGGUCCUGGAUUUUUGCCUGCAGGCAAGUGCUGGCAAGCAUGGUCAACGCUCCUUCAUCGCCAUUGCGCAGGAGCAUGGAGAGAUCAGCCUUGAUGAGUGGCUGCGCAUGUUUCAUGCUGCGAGCAUGAAGAAGAAGCUGAAGGACCUGAGCCGUUAUCCCGUGAACAAAGCGAUUUGGGGCGCUGCCUCAUCUCAUUUGUUUGCAGAUGCUGUCCCUGACAUUUUGAGAUUGCUUUCCAUCUGGGCCUCGAACGUUUUGAAAAGAAGUGUGCAACUUGAACCAGUGGGAUCUGCGGUAACAGGUAUUACAGACACGUCAUCCGACAUUGAUGUCGUUCUGUCUUCGCCUGACUUGGAGCUGCCUGAUGCUGGAGAUGUGUUGGCAAGACUCUAUGAUGCUAGCGACACCUUAUCCGCUUUCCAGGUCAUUCGCUUUGUCCCAACAGCGCGUGCGCCUGUGCUGACACUGGCCAGAGCAGAUGGUAUCACGUUGGAUCUCACUGCAAAUAAUUGUCUUCCUGUUUACAACUCAGCCUUAUUGAAGGAGUAUUGUGAACUGGAUCAGCGAUUGCGACCACUUGCUUCUGCAGUCAAACGAUUUGCCAAGGCUGCAAAUGUUGUUGGAGCUGCAAGCAAGAAUCUUUCAAGCUAUGCUUGGUCACUACUCGCUGUCUUCUACUUGCAAGCAGCUGAUUUGACCCUCUACUUGCCAGCAGCAGCAGAGAGCAAGAAGCUGGUGUCCUUGCAGUCUUUGUCGAACCGUCGAGAGGUGAAACUAGAGGGACGAGCCUUUGACAUUGGAUUCAAGAGAUUGGCUGAAAUGACCAGUGCGGAAUCAACAGAGUUCUCCUGCAACGGAGUCGAAGAUGCCUUUCCCUGGCGCGAACUUGUGCUUGGAUUCUUCAAGUUUUACUCUGAAGAUGUGGACCUUGAUCACACAGUGUUGUCGGUCCGAUGCGGCAGGGCCUUACCAAUCAAAGAUGCUGGCCUCGGACCUCACAUCGAAGACCCGUUUGAUCCUGAGCAUCAGUUGGGCUCGGUGCUUUCGGAUACGCGACGUGAAGCAUUUCGUGAGGCCUUGAGAUGGGGCAAAACGAUGUUGGAAGAUGGUACUGCCUUUGCCGAGUUGCUUGAAGGCCAUGCAGAUCUACGUUCCCCGGUGGUUUGGGAUACCCUGAUGCACACGGAGGAGCUUGUGCAUCAUAGAGUUCGACCAGAGGGAAGCACAACAGAAGCAAAAGAGGCUUAUUCAGAUUGCCCAAUUUCUGAUGCUGUUCUCGCAGUGUUGCGGCACGACUUGGAUGAAUUUCAACAGAGGGCCAUCUACUGCACAGCGCAGGGUGAGUCGGUCAUUGUCGCUGCGCCAACAUCCGCUGGAAAGACUGCGGUGGCGGAGGCAGCUAUGAUGCAGACGCUGCUGGAGCAUCGAUCGGCCAUCUUUUGUUCGCCCACCAAGGCCCUUAGCAAUCAGAAGUUACUGGAUUUCCAGCAGAAAUUUCCGAACCAACUUGGCCUUCUCACCGGAGAUGUCUCGAUUGCCGCAGCUUCAUCUAUUUUGGUGGCAACCACAGAAGUGCUACAAUUUGGUUGACCUUGGGCUCUGUUUUCAAAGCGAUUGUUGAGA